GCUAGGUCGAAGAAAAACGUGAAGGCCCAGUAAAAAUUCAUCGCCAUCAGCGGAGCGGUGGUGCUCAUGCUACUCAUCACCUCCAUUCAGUAGCACGAGGCGGCAGAGUAGGGUAGGGCAGAGAGAGAGAGAGAGAGAGGGGGCGGCGGGGAGGCAGAUGCGGGAGAUCCCACGGGGGGUCGCCGCAGCCGGAGGAGGAGGAAGAGGAAGCGAUGGACACGCCCGAUAGGCCCCGCGCCGGCGCCGCCGCCGGAUUCGAGGACUCCCCUGUCUUCAAUUUUAUCAACAAUCUAUCUCCUAUACCACCUCCUAAACCUCAAGACUCAUCACAUAAUGUGCACCUAUUCAAGUCGUCUGACUUGGCCCCUGUUUCUUCAAUCUUUGCCUCACCACAUGUCAAUCCACCAAAGGAAUCUAAAAUUCUGAUAAGGGAUGAUUCUGUUCAACUUUCUCAAGAUUCAAACUCUCCUAAUAGUGUCAGAACUCGAUUAGGGAGUGCUAUUAGGUUGAUCAAAUGCAAAAACAUUGUUUCGGAGAAUUGCAGUUUCACCUGUCACCUAAAUCAGGGACCUAUUGAUUCUUCUGCCAAUAGAUCAAACUCUACAAGUAAAUUGCCUCAAACCAUCCAGUUUGUUGGUGACAGUUCAGAAUGUGAUAAGAAUCAAAAUGCUGAUGGUAAAAAAGAUCUUGCUAGAGAUCAGGAGAGCAUAGAACUAGAAGGUGUCCUCAUUGAUCACACUGGCCCAGAUAAAAUCGACCCGUCACAACCUGGAAGAAUCGUUCAUGAAAACCAACAAUGUGAACAACAGAAGGAUGGAUUUAUAGCAUAUGAUGGGGAUUACUUGAUUACACACGAAUCAAGUAUGGAUAUGCUGAGAUUAGCCCCACCAUGUGAGGCAGAUACACAGUUAGUGAAUGAGACACUAAACGCUGAUAAUGUGUUCUCUGGCAAUUCCUUGUUGACCGAUGGGCCAGGUGGCUCUUAUAUCAACAAUGUCGCACAUGAUCCUCAUCUUUACUGGGAUGGACCGGUUGAAGGGCCCACGACAGAUUAUACCCCCCAAUUGCUCCCUGGUGCUUGUCAAAGUCAGUCGGUGUCAAAUGAUCAAAUCUGUAAUGCAGUUGAAGAGCCCAGUGAUCACAUGCCAACCGACCAAAGUUCCUUGUCACAGAAUAUGCGUGGUAUGCGCAGGCGUUGCCUUUUUAAUGAAAAGGCUGGGGCUGUUAACAAAGCUGCCAAGAAGACCUCGGAUCGCCAUUCUGCAAAUACAACAACCCCCAGAUGCAAAACUAAUUCUGGUGAUAAGCCUGUGAGAACCCCUCCAUGUGCAUUGCCUGGUAUUGGCUUGCAUCUGAAUGCCCUUGCCCCAAUAUCAACAGACAAAAUAGUCCCCCAAGCUGCUCAAUCUUCCAUAAGUCAAGCCAGCAACUUCCCCUGCGCUGUCAGUUCUUCUUCAACAUCUGAACCAAAUAUUGUAAAUGAAGAUUCCUCUCAGGCAAUCGUGGUUGCAAAUGCUGAUGAGUCUGGUCAGGGCAGUCCCAAGAAGAAAAGACACAAGUUUGAUGAUGGUGAUGGGACUUCAUGCAAGCGUUGUAGCUGUAAGAAGUCAAAAUGCUUGAAACUUUACUGCGAGUGUUUUCAUGCUGGAGUCUUCUGUUCAGAACCCUGUUCAUGUCAAGACUGUCUGAAUAAGCCUAGCAACAUGGAGAUAGUUCUAUCUACUCGAAAGCAGAUUGAAUCACGUAAUCCACUAGCAUUUGCUCCUAAAGUGAUUCGCACAUCUGAGCCUGGUCAGGAAUCAGGGGAGUACUCUAACAGAACUCCUGCCUCGGCUCGUCACAAAAGAGGCUGCAACUGUAAGAAGUCAUCGUGUCUAAAAAAGUACUGCGAAUGCUAUCAGGGUGGCGUUGGAUGCUCCAUAAGUUGCAGAUGUGAGGGAUGCAAGAAUGCUUUUGGUAGAAGGGAGGGACUCGGACCAUUAAACAUUGAGGAAGCUAAGCAGGGACACGAGGAAAAUAGUGCUUGUGUGAAGGAAGAAAAAAAGGAAGAUGGUAAUAAUCAGCUCGUUAUCUGCCCAGCUGCUAAUCCAGCUCCUGCUGAGAAUGUACUGACAACACCUUCAGCUAUGGAUAUCAGACCCUUGGCUUCUCUUCCACCUUCAAGCUCCAAGAGGCCACGGUCUACGAAAAAGGCCCUCGGACAUCCUUCUCGACUAUGCAACUCUCAAGCUCCUCUGAAGACGGACACUCUGCUCUCCCCGUUUGAAAACUAUGCAGAAAUAAUGUUUGGGGUGGGCACAUCAGAUAGCCUGAAAGGAGGGUUAUCUCCUCAAACUUCUGUCAAGGUGGUGUCACCGAAUAAAAAGAGGGUAUCUCCGCCGCGCAUUGGUACCGGGUUGUCUCCAAUCUGCAAGAGCGGCAGGAAGUUGAUCCUGAAAUCCAUCCCUUCGUUCCCUUCUCUCUGUGGCGAUGUAAAUAACGCGGAUACCAAUACCACCUCGCCAGCUCCUUGAAUUCAUCAAGCAUUUGUCAUUGAGGUCAUUUCAUAAGUUCCUUGUUGGUCCCCCAGAUGGCCAAUGCCUCGUAGCUCCAUCAGGUCCUUCAGCCUUGAGAGUUUGAUGAUGAACAUCCAAGGGAGUUUCAUUUCGCCAGCUCUAUUUAGAGCCUGAUAAGUAUCCCAUGAUCCUAUAGUGGACCGUUGAAUAAUAAAUGUACCAAAAUACCCCGUCGAGAGCCUUCUGCAUGCUAGUAAUUACAUCCACACCUGUGGAGACAGAGUCCUUGUUGAGUUUCACAUCCAUGUUCAUCUGUAUAAUUAAUUUAUAUGUUUUUGAGUCUAUGUAACUGUAACCGAGGUCAAAUCAUUGUGCCUUAGAUGUACUUAUGGUUAGAAUCCUUUAAGAUUUAUAUGUAAGAACUCUGGGUAUUUUGGACCUUCGAGUAUGUGUUUGCCAAUGAACUUGAGGGAACAUCUGAUUA